AUGUCCUAUUCUCCAGCUGGUGACCCCCUCAAGAGACCUUCUCAGAGUGCUUUAUACCCCGGCAGCGGCACCGUGGUUUCUGCUCCACCGUUGGCACAGCUUGCCACGCAGACCCUGCCUGUGCCAAGUGGUGCACCGGUGUCGCCGGGGACCAUGCUGCCCUCAACCCGUGGGUACCGAUUGGCCCAAGAGUGGAUCGAAGGAUACAGUGUUCAGCCGCUCACGCAGACGACCAUGUCUUACACGCCCAGGAGGAGGCCUGUAGACAUCGCCGACUUCUCUGGCAAUUUCCGUGACACGGCAGAGGCCAACGCGCACAACAUCUCCAGGAUCAAGGCUUCUCUGGAAAACAUGACCCUCCUCAAGGAAGCCUUGGAGAUUUUCGGCGCGUGCGAUCACGACAGGAAGGGCUACUUGUCCUGGGACUCUGGUGAGAUCCAAAGCUUCAUUUCUAGGGUCUUCCAGAAGCAGGGCUUGAUAUCGCCGAGAAAGGAGCAGAUCCGGGCCCUGUUUGCAGCCUUCGACCUUGAUGGCAACGGCCGUUUGGAGCCUCGGGAGUGUAUGUGCAUGGUGGAUGCUCUGGCCCGUUCAAUCAUCCUGGCCCAGCCUCCCGGCUCGCAGGCUUGGGCAGCGGGUGCAACGACUGUGCCAGCGUACAGUCUCGCGGAACAGUGGCUCGCAGAUUUCAGACCAAAUGCCGUCCAAGAGGGCCUAACCGUCCGCUAUUGGAUGGAGCGCAAGCCUGUUGAUCUCCGUGAACUCGCGGUCCACCUGCGGACCAUCGGACCACACAAUGCCAGACACAAAGCCAGGAUGAUUCAUGCCAUCGAAACUGGCGAGUUUCUGAAGGAGGCGUUUCAAGUCUUCAAGGAAUGCGACAGAGACAGGAAUGGCCAGCUGACCUGGAAUGAGCGAGAGAUCCCUAAAUUCUUUGGCAAGGUCUUCAGGAAAUAUGAUCUGGUCGAGCCGAAGGAGGCAGAGCUCUACGAGAUCUACAGAAAAUAUGAUGUCGAUCAAAGCUACAGCUUGGAUGUCCGAGAGAGCCUGUGCCUCGUCGAUGCUGUUGUCCGAGCCAUGUACCUGGACGAUUCUUCGCCUCGCUCCAAUCGUUCGGGGAACCGCGUUUCCUUCAGCGAGGAGGUCAGCCCAGUGCAAUCUGCUGGUUCCCACAUCGAGCGUCGCAGGCUGCUGAGUGACCAGGAAGCAGCAAGGCGAGUUGCCCUGCAAGAAGCGGCCGCAGAGCAACAGCUCGAGCUUUUGAUCAGGAGACGCAAUGAAGCCAUUCGAGAGCGAGACACGCUGGUGACUUUGUUCGUCGUUCUGGGAGCAUGGCGACAGUUCGCAGCAGUCCUACACGGGUCAUUCUGCUGCAAGGGCCCGGCCGUCUCGAAGGGCUGUGCACGAGCUUGCGGCCAGAAUGAAGGAGAACAGCACGGAAGAGCAGCACCGAAGCAAGAGCUGGUGCACGCUAGCAAGAAGCUGCCGGACACAGAUGCAAUCGUGCCGACAGGAGUGGAGUUCGAAGCUAGCAGAGGCUCGGAAGCUGAGUCAGCUGAGUUGCGAUGGCCUUGGUUUGCGCUGAGAGAAGAUGCCAUCUCGGUGAGGACGAUUGGCAAUGCCUAUGCGCUUGCAAUUUUUCGCUUGCACGCCCUGCGGAGUGCUUUGGCAGUGCUGCGGCUGCCUCCAGACGUGGCAGCCGGGGAGACCUGCAACCGCGGCGACGAUCUGGGAGAAGAGCGUCCCGAGGGUUCGAAGCUGGUCUGGUUCGUCCGACAUGGGCAAAGCACUGGGAAUGCCGCUCGGCUUACAGCGAUGGAAGCAGACAAGGCCGCUGGAGGAGGCAACGAACACCUCCAAGCAUACAUGACGGGCCGGGACUACGUCGACGCAAAGUUGACAGAGCAUGGCGUGCAGCAAGCCGCGGCUGCUCAGAAACAGAUAGCUGAAUGGAAAGCCAAGCCGCAGCUCAUCAUAUGCUCACCGAUGACUCGUGCUAUUCAGACGGCUGCCAUUCUUUUUGCUGAAGAGCUGAUGCAGGGCUGCGAACUGUUCCUUCGACCAGAGCUACGGGAGUUCUAUCCCGACAACAACGAGAAUCAGGGCCGUCCAAUCUCUGAGCUACAGCAUUGCCCAGCACUCUUGGCUCUUCCCGCUUGGCCGGCAGUGGAGAAGGCCCUGUCGAUCGCUGCCGCUUCCGAGUGGCGGAGGGCAUGGGAUGAAAGCCUUGCAGCUGGAGAUGGCUGGCAACAACACUGCGGGAGUAUCGACAGGCUAGUGCCCUUCCGGAACUGGCUGGUCAUGCGGCCCGAAAGCAAUGUUGCCAUAGUAGCGCAUUAUGGCUCCAUCAACAACUUGCUGAACAUGGAGCCCUUCGAGCGGAGUGUCAGGGAGCAGAGAAGCUUCCAGAGCCGCUUGGAAGAUGAACUCGACAGGCAGCGGAGCAGGGCCCUUGACACCACGACCAGCCUCGUCUCUGCUGCCGGAUAUGCAGAGGCUGCAGCCCAGGCAGAGGAGGAGGCUGAGCAGCGCUUUAAGAAGGAGCGGCACCUUUGGGAGACGCGCUGCAAGGAGGAACGCGAGCGACGUGAAAGCUUGCAGGUGGCCCAGGCAGCAGCAAUUCAGAAGGCUGCAGCCGAAGCAGAGAAGCUGGCCGAGGCACGUUUCGAAGAGGAGCGACAGAUCUUUGAGCAGCGCCUGAAGGAGGAGCGCGACAAGCGCAAUCGUGCAGAAGCAGCCAAAGCGCAAGCGCUAGACCACUACUUGGCCGAAGUACGGACACAGAAGAAGAAUGCCGUUCAGAAGGUCAUCGACAGCUUAUUCUCGAAGACGAGAAAGACUGCAGCGGGCGAGCUGAAGCAAAUCGCUUCUUCCUGGCUUGACAUCGCCAAGGCUGGUGCUCGGAGGAGGCGGCGCGUGGAUGCGGUCGACAAGGCGGUGAUGAGCUGGGGGCGGAAGGCGAUGUCCGGCCGUCCGGGUCCCUCGUUCAAUGCCUGGCGCGAUGUCGUGCGAGCAAGGCGGCGCGCUCGCGCUGCUGUGGGUGUUCUGGAACGACAGUGGCUUGGUGGGCGCAAAGGGCUGGUAGCUUCGUAUUUUGCGGAGUGGCGCAGUGUGCUGGACCUGAAGCGCCAGACCGCGCUGAAGGCCAAGCGACGUGCGAAGGCCCACGCGCAAAUCGCCCUCUUGCUGUCCCAGUGGGAGCGAGGGAAAGCGGUUGAGCUCUCAGACUUGGCUUGUAUGGACUCUUGCUACACUACUGUGGAAGGUGUGUGCGAACAGCCGCAGGAACCACAGAAGGCCGCCGUCUCCGAGCUGGCACGACGGCUGGGAUCAUGCAAGGAUGCCUCCGAGGAGGGCACGAACCUUUACGAUGACCCCUUGGCGCUGGUCCGAUAUCUCCGCGCCAGGAACUGGGAUCUCGACAAGGGCGAGGUACUGAUCCGAAAGACGGCCCGGUGGCGGCAGGAGUUUGGAUACAGCAGCAUUUUCGACGGCUCCAGUGUGGAGGAACUGGCCAAGGAAAGCCAGCUCGGGAACAUGUAUGUGCGCGGCUACGACAAGACAGGGCGGCCGGCACUAUACUUUAAGCCCGGAGGGGCAGGCUUCAAUGCCGAACCCGCAGGGGUUAAGUACUUGGUCUACUGUGUUGAGCGGGCCAUUGCUUGCGUGGAAAAGCAGGCCAGGAUGGGGCGGCUCGCCCUUCCUCCGGAUGAUCCGGUCGGAAGGAAGUUCGUCCUGCUGGUCGACUGCGAUGGCCUGGGAAUGGGCAGCCUUCUGACUGGAAGCAUCGUCCGUGACCUCAUUGGUGUAAUGCAGGACCACUACCCAGAGCGGCUGGGGGUGGCUUUCUUCGUGAAUGCUCCUUUCCUUCUGCAUAGCUUCUUCACGGCUGCAAGUACCUUUCUCGACCCGGUGACCAUCGCCAAGUUUCAGUUCGUCUCAGAAGAUGGUGAGGAGCGGAUGCAGGCCAUGUGCCAGCACUUCGACCCAGCCUGCUUAGAGCCUGCCUUCGGUGGGGAAGAUGAUGAGCCCUUUCGCUCUCACAUAUUCCUCAAUGUGAAUCAAGGAAAGGGAGUUUUUGGCCUUGAAUACGCGGAGCAGCUGCGACUAAGUGGCCUGUUGAAUGACGAGGAAGCAGAUGAGGAAGCAGUGAACUCAACUGGCUCAACUGACUACAUGGAGUUCCUGCAUGUAUAUCGACACUGGAGAGUUCUCAAUCUUCCGCCCACCGAGCGAUCACUGGUAAGAGGGCUUGCUAAGCGGCUAGCCUUCUCCCUCACUCGGCAGGAGGACAAGGAGUUCUUCAUUGAAGCUCCCGUGCUGAUUCGGUACUUGCGGUCGAAGAGCUGGGAUGUGUCGAAGGCGGAGGCCGCAGUUUGCGCCACGGCCCAGUGGCGGCAGGAGAAUGUCUCGUGCUUGUACCUGCCGGAUGCGAAAAGUGGGCGAUGUUCAGCGGCAAUUGUGCGGGAAUGUGCGCUGGGCCACUUCUACAUCCGGGGUUUCGAUCGACGGCAGCGACCCAUUGUGUACGUGAAGUUUCGAAACCCCGAUAGUGGUCAGCACCAGGAGACUCUGAACUAUGUGAUCUACGUCCUUGAAAGGCUCCUAGCAGUGUUGCAGAAGUCGUCGGAGCAACCAGAAGAUGGUGUCGACAACGGAUGUGCCACGGUGCUGGUGGAUUUCACCGGCUAUGAGUCCAGCAACAGGCCACGUCUUUGCACAUUACGUGCAGCCCUCCGCAUCUUUCAGGACCACUACCCCGAGGUCUUCGGGGAUGUUUACUUCUACCACCCUCCACAGAAGAUCAGCUGUUUUUGGAGCUUCGUGGGGCCGUUUCUGGAUCAACGUGUCCGGGACAAGGUGAUCUUUGUCACAUCCACCACACAUUGGCGGCAACUUGUGAACACGAUCUUCCGUGCAGAUCGGCUUGAGAGAAGCGUUGGCGGGGAAAACCACGCAGUCUUCAGUUCCAAGAUCUUCUUGUCAAAGAAGGUCGGGGGCUUCAUCUGGGGCACUGAGUUCGACGCACAAGCUUCAGCUCCUGACACCAUCCCUCGCGCUCGCGUGAGCUUCUCCAACAUCGUUCAACAAGUGGAGGAGUCGGGAGCCUCGACAUUGGUUCAUGCCGGGCUGGUCACCAGCUACAUGUCGGCUUGGAAGAGAGUUGCCGAUGCAUCAGCAAAAGUUCGGGCACGACGGUCUCGAUGCGAGGCCGUGCAGCUGGCUCUGCAGAAGUGGCUGCGUGGUAGUACCCGAGGUCUGCUUCACGAAGCCAUGCGUUUGUGGCGAAAGCUUUACGGCCGUGGGAAACAGGCACUGCUUGUCAGCCAGUGCUUGGUGGCAUGGGAGCAGAAGGCAGAGGUUGGCCUUGUCCACACUUGUUUUGCUGCCUGGUUGAAGAUUGUCUCCGCAACAGCGUCGAAAAGGCGCAAAGAGCGGAGUCAUGAAGCGGUCGUGCUGGCUUUGCAAAAGUGGGAGCGUGGAAGCAGGAAGGGGCUACUCCACGAGACUGUGAUCCAAUGGUUCAAAGUCAGCGUGGCCCGAAGACGGCAGAUGGACCUUGUCAAGAAGAGUUUGGUCUCUUGGGAGCUGGAGGCUGGAGUCUCCCUGACCCACACCUGCUUCACUGCUUGGAGCAAGCUCCUGGCCGAAGCAAGGAGCCGGCAUAUCAAGCAGCACCAAACGGAAGCUGUGGCAUUGGCACUGCAGAAGUGGGAGCGCGGCAACGAGAAAGGACUGUUGCACGAAGUCUUGGACCAGUGGUACAAGCUCUUCGUUCCAAGAUCACGGCAGGCCGCGAUGCUCAGCAGUUAUCUCGUGUCCUGGGAGAUGGAAGCAGAGGUCGGCUUGACGCAAACUUGCUUCUCCGCUUGGCGCCAUCUCGUCCAGGGGGAAGCUCGGAGACGCCUUCAACAGCGAAGCCGCGAAGGUGUGCAUCUUGCCAUGCAGAAGUUCUUACUUGGCAACCAGAAAGGGUUGUUGCAUGAAGCCAUGAGCCUGUGGCAGCAUCUGUGUGCCAAACGCGCCCAGCGCGACCUCCUCCUGAAGAAGUACUUGGUGUCCUUCGAAAUGGAGACGGGGGUUGGUCUGACUCAGACUUGCUUGGCUUCCUGGAAGAAGUUGGUCGAUGCACAGGCACGGCAACGCAGCAAGGAGCAUGGGCACGAGGCGGUCAAGCUGGCGCUUCAGAAGUGGGAGCGAGGCAAUGUUGCAGGUCUGUUGCACGAGGUCGUCACUCAGUGGCAGCAGCUAUGUGAAAAGCAGCGGCAACGAGCAAACGAACAUGAGUCCGUACAGCUCGCCCUGCAAAAGUGGGAGCGCGGCAGUAUGGAGGGUCUUCUACAUGAGGUGGUGGGCCAGUGGAACAAGCUCUGCAGUGUGAAGCGGGCGAAAGGGCAUGCCCGCGAAGCUGUGGCGCUGGCACUGCAGAAGUGGGAACGCGGAAACAUCGCAGGGUUGCUCCACGAAGUGGUGCAUGAGUGGCAGAGACUCUCCGCGGGGCGUCGGCGGAAGGCAAACGAACAUGAGUCCGUACAGCUCGCCCUGCAAAAGUGGGAGCGCGGCAGUAUGGAGGGUCUUCUACAUGAGGUGGUGGGCCAGUGGAACAAGCUCUGCAGUGAGAAGCGGGCGAAAGGGCACGGACGCGAAGCUGUGACCCUGGCGCUGCAGAAGUGGGAACGCGGAAACGUCGCCGGGUUGCUCCACGAAGUCGUACAUGAGUGGCAGAAGCUCUUCGCCGGGCGUCGGCGAAAGACCAAGCUGCUGGACAGCUACCUGAUCAGCAUGGAGGCGCAAGCUGGAGUCGGGCUGCUUGGCAGCUUCUACGCGCUGUGGAAGCACCAAGUCCAGGUGGACAGGCGGCAGCGUGCCAAAGCGCAUGGCCGCGAAGCAGUGCACCUAGCUCUGCAAAAGUGGGAACGCGGAAACACACGCGGCCUACUGGCAGAGACAGUGUCGGAGUGGCAUCGUGUUUGGCAGCUGCACAAAGGAAAGGCUCGCCGAGAACGAUCUCACCAAGCAGUGCUAAUGAUGCUACACAAAUGGCGCCGGCCUGGCCCGCAAGGAACGGCAGCCUGCGCCCUUUCUGUGUGGGCUCGCCUCGCAGUGAAGCGGAGAGGACGGUCACGUGCUGCUGCAGCCAUGGAGCGUCAAGUUGCACGGUUCUUGCUUGGGCGGGCUGGGGCCAUGCGGCAGGCGGUGUUUUCUGAAUGGCAGCGCCUCCUGCAGGAGUCGAAGCAGCGGUUGAAGCACCAGCGGGCACACGCCGUGGUUGAGGUAGCGUUGUCGCAGUGGGAGAAGGGACAGACGAAGGGCCUUAUGGCCGUCGUCGUCAAAGACUGGCACAAGUAUGUUGAGGUCACGGCGUCAAACGGCCGCAAGAUCCGUGGGGCCGGAACGUUGGAGGAGAAGCUCCUCCUGGCGACCUUGAGAUUGUGCCUGCACGGAUGGCGAGGCCACCUCGACAUCAAACAUGCUCGAACCAGUGCGAAGGAGCUUCGCGAGAGUCUGGACAUGCAGAGGCUGAACUUGGUCUUUGCGAUGUGGCGCCUCUGCAACUUGGAGGACAAGAAAGAGCAGGCUUUCGGGCAAGUCGCCGAAAUAAGCGCUAUCGCCUUCGAGCUCCAGCAGGCCCAGACAUCCUUGCUGGAAGACAAGAUCCUGCUAGAAGGCAAGGUGGAGAAGGCCUUUGAGGCCCUCCAGAAGGAGCUUCAGACAAAGGAGGAGUUGGCAGCUGAGCUUCGGGAGGCAUACAGCAAGCAGGCACAUCGUUCUGCGCUUCUUCCUGACUUGCCUGCCAAUUUGACCUUUAGUCCCGGAGCCAUUACGCUCAACUCCUCCUUCAGUCAACGAGCUGCGGCGGACAUCGCUGCUUCCGUUGCUUCGGCGAACUCGAACCGGCCAAGGUCGCGAGAAGGCACUCCGAGGGCUGACGCAGACGGGCAAGCCGCGCAAGGGAGAACAAAGGUUUGGCCUUUCUUGCCAGGUGUUUCAGGCAAAAACGGGGCAUCGUCAAGUUCCGGUCUGCUUUCCGAGCUGGACUGGGACAUGGCCUACCCGCGAAUCGAGGAGAUGAUGAAAAACAUGGCCGACGGAGAGACUCCAAAGGCUGCCAGCGCCCUCUCCAGCAAAGCCCGGAUGGAAGCCGGGGAUGGCGAGACAGCGGAGCGCUUCGAGGCCUUGGGUCGCAGUGCUGAGCAGGAGGACGGACUUCCCGGACGAGUAGCGCAGCACUCGCAGCCUGGCCCUGCCAUUCGGGCCAGCCCUCGCGGGAAGUCGCCAACGGCGAUGGCUGCCGAAAGGAGGCGCCGCAAAGCUGCCGAGCGUGCAGGAUUACUGGAUGAGGAGGAGUGGGUCUGA